AUGGCGGAUGUACUUAGCGGGCUACGGUGGGCAGUAGCCCAGUAUGAAGUUUUGAUGAAAGUAAGUGGACAUAUUGACAACAUAUUGAAUGCCCAAAGUUUAGAUGAAGUUCAGAAAAAUCGAUUACGACUUAAGACGACAAUUGAGAGUAUUCGAUGGCUUAGUUUACAAGCUUGUGCAUUUAGAGGUCAUGAUGAAUCUUCAUCUUCUAAAAAUCGUGGUAAUUUUAUAGAGAUGAUAAAACUUAUGGGUCGAUUGAAUGUUAAUAUUGGUGAUAUAGUAUUAGAAAAAGCUCCAAGAAAUGCAACAUAUACUUCACCAACUAUUCAGAAAGAAAUUUUGCAUAUUUUUGCAAAUAAAGUAAGGGAAAAAAUCCGUGAAGAAAUUGGAGAUGCGAAGUUCUGUAUUUUAGUUGAUGAAGCUAAAGAUAUUUCAAAUAAAGAGCAGAUGUCAAUUAUUUUGAGAUUUGUUGAUUGUUUGGGUAUUUUACGAGAGCGUUUCUUUGAUAUUGUUAAUGUUCCAAAUACUACUGCUUCAACAUUAAAGAAGAGCAUAUCAUAUGUUCUUUCUCGACAUAAUUUGAAUGUCACCAAUAUGAGAGGGCAAGGGUACGACGGUGCUAGUAACAUGUCUGGUGCUUGGAAUGGACUUCAAGCUCUAUUUCUUCGAGAGUGUCCAUAUGCAUAUUAUAUACAUUGCUUUGCUCAUAGGUUGCAAUUAGCAUUAGUUGGAGCUUCUACAAAAGAGAUUUCUGUUUGGCUAUUUUUUUCAAAACUAUCCACCAUUAUUAAUCUUAUUGGUUGUUCCUCCAAAUGGCAUUCUGAGUUACAUUCUACUCAAACUAUUGAAAUUGAUCGUAUGAUUACUUCGGGUGAACGGGAUACUGGUAAAGGAAUGAAUCAAAUUGGUAAUUUACAUCGUAGUGGAUCAACUCGAUGGAGCUCUCAUUUUGAAUCUAUUUGUAGUUUAAUUGAUAUGUUUGGUGCAACUAUUUCUGUUCUUGAAAGUAUUGUGGAAGAAGGAUCGUCUAGUUCUUUACGUGGAGAAGCAUGUGGUUGUUUGAUAACUUUGAGAUCUUUUGAAUUUGUUUUCACACUUUAUAUGAUGCAAAAAAUUAUGGGAAUUACAAACCUGCUUUGUCAAGCUUUGCAAAACAAAUCUCUUGAUAUUAUAAAUGCCAUGGAUCUAGUAUCAACUACUAAAGCACUACUUUUCAAUUUUAGAGAAGAAGGAUUUGAUCAUCUCCUAGAAUACGUGCAAAUGGUUUGCACACAACAUGACAUUGAAAUUCUGGAUCUGAAUGCUUCAUACAAAAGUGCAACAAGACGUUCAUGUCAACAAAAAGAUUCGUUGACAAUUCAACAACACUAUCAUUUCAAUAUAUUCAAUUCAGUGAUAGAUUUUCAACAAGAAGAGUUGAAUUCCAGAUUUAGUGAUGAGGCAGUAGAGCUCCUUAAACUUAGUUCUGAUUUGGACCCUAAAGAUAAUUUUAAAUCAUUUAAAGGUGAAGAUAUUUGCAAAUUGGCUGAAAAGUAUUAUCCAGGAGACUUCAGUGAACAAGAAAUGCAUUAUUUGAGAUCCCAACUCCAGCAUUAUAAAAUUGAUGUUUCUCGUUAUGAUUAG